UGUCAAGUCGAAGAGGACGUCAGUCUUGCUUACCCAAAUAUGGAAAUGGUGUGGGAUUGUCUUCAAGAGCUCGGUGCUGCUAGCCAUAUGGGUUUUUAUCAUUCCGGUACUUAUCGGACUUCUGUUUGAGCUUUUGGUGAUUGUUCCAAUGAGAGUCCCAGUAGAUGAAAGCCCUGUCUUCCUCCUGUAUCAAGACUGGGCUCUUGGGCUCAUCUUUUUGAAGAUCUGGACUAGACUGGUUAUGCUGGAUCAUAUGCUUCCGAUAAUGGAUGAUAGCUGGAGAGCAAAGUUUGAGAGGGUAAGAGAAGAUGGUUUCUCAAGGCUUCAAGGGUUAUGGGUACUUAGAGAGAUCGUAUUCCCGAUCGUGAUGAAACUUCUAACAGCAUUAUGCGUGCCAUAUGUCCUGGCGAGAGGAGUGUUCCCGAUGCUUGGAUAUCCGCUAGUUGUGAACUCUGCGGUCUACAGAUUUGCUUGGAUUGGUUGUCUCUCGGUGAGCCUCUUCUGCUUCUGUGCAAAAAGAUGCCAUGUAUGGUUCAGAAACCUUCACAACUCUAUCCGUGAUGACCGUUAUCUCAUUGGUCGGAGACUACACAACUUUGGGGAAGCUGCUAUGGCUAACCAGAACCAAAACCAGAGCAGUGAGGAUGCAGGAGAUGGUGGGGUCUUGAUAGGACGUGAGGGAGAUGCUGAUACUGGACUUAGGCUCAGACGUGCAAUCCAACAAGAAGCUUAGAAAGAAUAUUAGUGUUUUGCCAGGUGAUGAAUCAAAUUCGAAACAGUUCACCAGAGUUGUUUAACAUUUGUGUACCUAAGCUGUAAGGUAUUGGCUUUGAAAGAUUUUUUUAUUAGUCCAUAUGUAAUUAUAUCCGUUGAUCCUCUUUUAUUUUGUUUUGUGCCUUAUUUAAACGAAAAGAUCUUUAGAAAUAAGUCAAUGACGCUUCGUUUGUCCAUAUAUUUGUAUUGUAAUGUUUUUGUAUUGUAUUGAGUCAAACUCUUCUCUUAGUGCAUGAUGUACGCCUGAA